AUGACAGGAUACAUCCUCUCACUGGACAUGAAGUCUCCAUCCCCAGACGUGCACCUUCCCGUCAUGGAGUGGGACAGCGCGCGGUUACACUGCGAGCGCCUCGGCUACAGCCUCGCUAUCGUUCGCAGCGCCGCAGAUCAGGAGUCGCUCGAGGCCGUCUUCGCGUCGCAUAACAGAAGCUGGCGCGUCCACUUCUGGCUCGGACUGCACCGGUCGGAGUCAUCCAGUGAGUUCGAGUGGGUCGAUGGCACACCGUUGAACUUCACCAACUGGCUGCCCGGCAGUCCUUCCGAAGAACAGACGCAUGUGUGCACAGAGGUGUACGAGAAUGGCGAGUGGCAGUGGAAAAGCUCGCGCUGCUCGGGGCCCCGCUCCUUUGCGUGCUCGACAUUGCCGCCAUGGGCAUCGGGUGCGGGGCGGCCGCUGUGGUCUUGGCCGUCGUCGUCGGCCGCGCGCUCGCCCGAACGUGGAUAA